CCUUUCACUGCCUAUCCACCCAACAUAACUAAAAAUAAAUCCUCUGCUUUUUCCAAAAAUCCUCUGUUUUUUCCUCUGAAAAAACAACUGAAAUGGGUAUCUGUACAUCAUCAUCGUUGAUGACAAAGCAAAGUGGAAGAAGCAUAAUGAAUUUGCCAGUUAACAAAGUAGCCAUGGUGAUUCAGAUAAACGAAAAACUUCAAGAGUUCCGACAACCCAUUACCGCCGGCGAGAUCCUUGUUCAAAAUCCUAAUUUUUUUCUUUGUAGCUCAGAAGCCAUGAAUGUUAAUUCAUUAAUUCCACAAUUGGCUAAAGAUGAAAUGUUGCAGCUUGGUCAACUUUAUUUUCUUAUGCCGAUUUCGAAAUUGCAAACACCCCUUUCACUUCAAGAUAUGUGUGUACUUGCAGUAAAAGCAAGUACUGCUCUUAAUGAUUAUUGUAAUUUGUCUACUAUAGUGGGGGGCUCGUCAGGAAUUUUAACAAAGAGAUUCAAAAAAAUGCAUAGUUGUCGCACUCGAGAUUUAAACCUGAGACAUGAUGUUUUUGAGUUACCUUUGCCACUAGAGUACUAGAAGUUUUUAUUGUAUAAGGAGAUUCAAAAUUUAUAUAUAUAGUAUAAUAUAUAAAAAUGUUAUUACUUUAUUGCAUUAUUUGCACUAGUUAAUUUUCCGAUGAAGAGGAAAACAGAUUUACCAAGUUGGCCAUGCCCAAUCAGAGGGGUUUUUUGUCAUAUGAUUGGAAAUGAGUAAACAUGUCGGUGGAAAAUUAUAUGUAAGUUUUUUUUUUAGAUUUAAUCAUUUUGUAUUUGCAACUCACUUGUCAAUUACUAUGGAUUUCUUAGGUUAGACGCACUAAGGGAAAGUGCUCCUUGAUCAAGAAGUUUGUUACUUCAGGACUUGAACUCGAAAUUUCAAGAGUUAAACAGCAAAAAAUUCUCAUUUAUUGUAAUUAUAUUACAAAUUUAAUUAGUUAUGAAAGUGAAAAGGUCGGUGUAAAAUAAAGAAAUCAAUUUAAAUUUGGUAUUAGCAUGUAGAUCUGUUAUAUGUUGAACUAGAAUGAAUGGCUAGCAUUCGCACAUGUCCUACAUGUAUAUUGUAACACAAAUGAAUGUUAAUUUUGGUUUUAAUACUA